ACGGGACGGGUUGGUUCCGGUGGGACGGUUUAGUUCCCAAUUCCUCGACAGAGGGGACACAGGUCGUCUGUACUGAAACGCACAGGUUGACCCAGGAUGGGGGCUGAAUCUAUUCUGAGAGAGCGUCAACGUAGGAGCGACGAAAGUGUUCUCGCUAAAAUAGAACAUGAGGUUAAGAAGGACAUCAAGCUGAUGUCGAAGGAGACUGGGUUAAAACCCUGGAUGAUCAUGUCAAUCAUUGGGUUGGUCGUCGUCGUUGCUGCAGCCGCCGCAGCCUUCUGUGUCUGGAGGUUUCUCAGGAAGAAGAGGAAGAAUGAGAAGGACAAGCAGAGGGAGCUGGACGAGCAGAAGUUGGUUGACGAGGAGGAGGAUAUGGCGAAUGAAGACGACGCUGCCAAGGGUCCUGCUAAAGAAUACCUGGGAAAACUUCAAUACGAACUCAAAUAUGAUUUUAACACACAAACCCUCUCCGUUACAGUUUGCCAGGCAAUGGAGCUUCCUGCUAUGGACAUGGGAGGGGUGUCGGAUCCUUACGUCAAGGUGUUCCUUGUUCCAGAGAUAAAGGGAAUGAAGAAGUUUGAGACUAAAGUUCACAGAAAAACUCUGAACCCAUUUUUCAACGAAACUUUUCAGUUUAAGAAUCUACCAUAUGCUGAUACUUUCGAUAAGACUCUGAUGUUCACUAUAUUUGACUAUGACAGGUUCUCUAAGCACGACCGUAUAGGGGAGAUAAAGCUGCCACUAUGCCAAGUGGAUCUAGCCCAGCCGGUCAAUGAGUGGAAGGAUGUUGAAUCUAACAAGGAAGACGACCAAUAUCUCGGAGAUAUUUGCUUCUCUCUGAGAUACGUGCCAACCAGCGGGAAGUUGACUAUUGGAAUCCUGGAAUGCAAACGAUUGAAGAAAAUGGACAUUACUGGAGCUUCGGAUCCCUAUGUUAAAAUAAAACUACUUGAUUCAAAGGGGAAAAGGAUUGGAAAGAAGAAGAAGACGACCGUGAAGACCGCGAAUUUGAACCCAUACUACAAUGAGUCCUUUGUCUUCGUCGUGGAAGAGAAUACUCUAAAAAAGGUUAACCUGGAUAUAACAGUAUUGGAUUAUGACAGGAUCGGAGGAUCGGAUCCUAUUGGAAAAGUUACUUUAGGACACAAUAGGAAAAAACUGGAAAAGAAACACUGGAUUGAGAUGAUUGAGAAUCCCCGCAGACCGAUCAUUCACUGGCACGUUCUGAAGGAUCCUGAACCAGGUGAGGAGGAUGAUGAGGAUGAGAAGAAAAAGAAGGACGGGAAGAAGGACGGGAAGAAAGAACCGAAAAAGGAAGAUAGCAAGGGAGAGAAGGAAGAGAAGGAGGAGAAGAAAUAAAGAGAUGUUAACGCAAGCUUAUCAAUCCAAGUGCCGAACCUUACCAAACGUUGAUCUGAUCAGGACUAAAAAAUACCAACCUUGACAAAAUCUGAAAUUAAAACCUAAGAUCAUUCUGAAAUCAGGAGAAAAGAAAAAAAUCUAAAAAGGCCAAACUCAAACUUGGGCCAAAACCAUAUAAAUGGCUUGUCAGUUGUCUGAGCUUAUCUCGUCCAAAAAAGAAUAUGCCAAAGAACUAAACCAAAAAGCUUGUAUUGGCUUAUCUUAAUGUGUAUACUCACAAUUCACAGGUUUUCAUAAAUAUCUUUAUUUAGAAGACAUAGAGACUAUUAAACUACAGAACCAACUUAUAUAUUCUUCUGUGUUAAAAAGACAACAAAAAAACAGGGAAGCCUAAAAUAUUCCUCUCUGCCACUUUGACCAAAUAAAUUAGUAAAAUAGUAGAUAAUUUAUGAACAAUUGAACAGGUAAAAAAUAGGGAAUAUUGUUACAAAAGAAAACUCCAGGCACCCUUUCCCAGGAGUAAAAAGAGAUGCCAGGGCCCAAACAUUGCUCAUCUCCCUAAUUAUAAACCUGUAAAUGCAAUUAAAAAAACAAACAAUAGAAAUGAUUUUUAAAAA